AUGAAAAGAACUAAAAGAAAUAAUAAUAAUACAGAUACAUCGUUGAUUAACAAUUCACAGAUUACUGAUUUCUUUACUGUUAAAUCAACACCACCUACUCCCUCCUCCUCCUCCUCCUCCUCCUCGCAAUCAUCUCAGCAACUCCAGUCUAAAUACUUUGGUCAAUCUAAUCCUACAUUUAAGAAAAGAAAGUCGACUGAAGAUGACGACGACAAUAAUAACCUUCAAGAUCAAAGCAAUAUCAUUGUUCAGCAGAAGAAACAAGAACCAAAAGUAAAGAAGGAUCAUGGUGCUGUCGUUUCAUCGAUUGUUUAUAAUGCGCCGAUGGGAAGUAGUAGUAGUGGAGGUGGAUUCGUUUCAUCAUCUCUUCUCUUAAAUAAGAAUAAUAAUACAUCUACAUCUACAACAACAUCAUCAUCCUCUUCUUUGUUAAAUAAUAAUAAUAAUAAUAAUAGUUUACAACAACCAAAAAAAGUACACUCAUUCCUUUCUGUAAAUGGAGUAUUAAAAAGAAGUAAUGGAGGUGAUGAUGACUUUGAUUUACCUUCACAUUUAUCAAUGGUACAACCAAUUAAACCAAUUGUACCAACUACUACAACUACAACAACAAGAUCAUUGUUGGGUGGUCAAUCAUCUAUAUCAUCUCAAUUAAAUCAAUUCUCUGCAUCGAGUAUGACCAACCAACGAGGUGGUCCAUAUGGAAAUGUACCACCAAAGUUUACAUCGACUCUAUCAUCACCGGUACAACAACAAUCUCGUCCGUCUUCUUCGGUAGCGGUACUUAAAAAAGAUCAAAUAGAAAUAUCAUCAACACUAACCGAAGAACAGAAAGCAAUUGUCAACUAUGUAUUGGAGGGAAAGAAUCUAUUCUUUACAGGUAGUGCAGGUACUGGAAAGAGUUUUGUGUUGAAAGAGAUUGUUAAAUGUCUCAGACAAUUAUAUGGUAGUGACAAGGUACACGUAACAGCGAGUACUGGUAUUGCUGCAUGUUCGGUUGGUGGAACAACACUACAUUCAUUUGCCGGUGUUAGUCUAGGUGACAAAUCGGCGCGAGAUUAUAUAACCUACAUUGAAAACAAUCAAACUGUUUUUAAUCGUUGGAGAACCUGUAAAGCUCUCAUUGUCGAUGAAGUAUCAAUGAUAUCUUCGGAUCUAUUUGACAAGAUUGAAGAAAUUGCAAGAUCAAUUAGAAAAAGUAAACGUUCAUUUGGUGGUGUUCAAGUUAUUCUAGUUGGUGAUUUCUUUCAACUUUCUCCAGUUACAAAUAAUCAACAAAAUCAAAAUAAUAAUAAUAAUUAUGGUGGUGGUGGAGAUCCUGCAGAUGAUCUUUUAUCAAUGUUGGAUCAAUCUGCAAAAAGAGCAUCACCCUAUUGUUUUGAUGCAAAGUGUUGGGAGAGUGUUAUUGAAAGAUGUAUCCUUCUUCGUCAAGUUUUUCGUCAAAAGGAUUCUCAAUUUGUUGAUCUAUUGAAUCAAAUUAGAUUUGGAACUUUUGAUUAUAAAUCAAUAGACUAUUUAAAUCAAAAAUGUGUAAACAAUAAUUUACAACGUUCAGAUGGUAUCAUUCCAACUAUUCUUUAUCCAAAAAGAAUUCAAGUAGAUAAAGAAAAUCAACAGAAAUUGGAUCAAUUGACAACCGAGGGGAUGACAUUUACAGCGGUGGAUGUAGGUUCGGACAAUUAUAGAAAGACAUUUGAUAAUAUGCAAGCACCACAAUCUCUGACACUAAAGAUUGGAUCACAAGUGAUUCUACUAAAGAAUUUGGAUUUUGAACAAGGUUUGGUCAAUGGAGCAAGAGGAGUGGUGAUUGGAUUCUCAGAUAGUGACAUUGUGCAACCAGUGGUUAGAUUUGCUAGUGGGGCAGAGGUUGUUGUCGGUAUUGAAAUUUGGAAAAUAGAAAUUGGCAGUCUGACAGUUGCCUCUAGGCGUCAGUUACCACUGGCAUUGGCUUGGGCUUUGACUAUACAUAAAAGUCAGGGUAUGACCAUUGACAGAUUGAUAGUCGAUCUCGAUGGAACCUUUCAAAAUGGACAAGCAUAUGUAGCUCUCAGUAGAGCAACAUCACUCGAAGGAUUGCAAUUAAAAACUCCUGCAAAACCUAAACAUUUCAAGGUUGAUCAAGGUGUUGUCAAAUUUUAUCAAAAAAUUGAAAGUAUUUCAAAUCAAGAUAAUAAUAAUCAAAAUAAUAAUAAUCAACAAAUAACAAAUAACAAUAACAAUAAUAACCGAAAUAUUAAUAAUAAUCAACAAUUAACAAAUAAUCAAAAUAAUCAAAAUAAUAAUAAUAAUUAUAAUAAUAAUAAUAAUAAUAAUAAUAAUAAUAAUAAUAAUAAUAAUGUAAAUAGUCAAUUCACCACUUCUACAACAAGCACUACUACUACUACAUAUGGACAAGGGCAAUCAAUAUCUCAAAUUGAUCUUGAUGACCUAGAUGAGAGAUUUACUUUAAAGGAGAUUCAAGUGUUUGAAAGAAUCUUCAAGACGAUAGAUACUCAAUCAAAAGGAUUCAUAUCAAAGGAAGACUACUCUAAAUAUUCAAAUGGAUCGGUCCAACAACCAACAGAUUCACCAUUCACUCUUCCUUCGUUUGAGAGCUUUCUCAUCUUUAGAAAUACAACUAUCACCUUUUAUCAAUUCCUAAGUACUUUAAGUUUAAUAGGUAUAAAGUUAACUUUUGCAUCACAAGCUGCAACAACAACAACAACAACAGAUGGGAGUAGACCAGCGUCAACGAACCUUCUUCUUAACAACAAUAACAAUAGAGAUUCAUAUUAUUCAUCAUCACCUCAGACACCAAGAUUAUUGACCACUAAUACUUCCACAACUACCUCUGCAUCUUCUCUUGCUGCUGCAUUGGCUGCUGCAAACAUUACUACUACACCAGUACAACAACCCUCUUCUUCUUCUUCUUCUGUAUCAUCAUCCAAACCACCAACACAAAUAUCACCUUCGAAAUCAUCGACACCUCCUAUUGCUAUUGCCAAAAAAGAUAAUGCUACUAGUCGAUUAUCAACGAGAUCACCUUCACCAGUGGUUGUAAAUACACCUGCAUCAACAGCAUUAUCACCAAGAGCAUCUAAUAACAACAAUAGUAGUAGUAGUAGUAGUGCACCAGUAGCAGUAGUGUCUGCUUCUUCCUCUUCAUCUACAUCACCUGCUACUGUUGCUACUGCACCUUUACUAUCAUCAUCACCUGAUAAUGUGACUAGUACCAAAACGACUACUUGUACAAGCACUACCGAUUCUACAACAGUUACUACUACCACUACAAAGACUACCACUACAACUACCACAACUACUACUACAUUGGCCGAUGAAAAUGAAUCUCUAGCCAUCGAACAACAACAACAACAACAACAACAACAAGAGGAGGAUCAAGUAGUACCAGUUGAAACACAACAACAACCAAAAGAAAAAGAAUUGGAAGAAACAAAGGUACAACCACCUCCUUCUGCUCAACCACCUGUAAAAGAUGAACAACCAUCACAACAACUAAUACAACCAAUUAAAGAAGAACCUACACCAGUGGAUCAACAGACACCAACAACACCAAUAACACCAAACACUCCACUUUCAGCAAGUAAAGAUAGAGCAUUAAAUAUCUUUGGAAGUCCAGAGAAAAACACACCAAUAUCCUUGUCUCUAUCAUCAUCACAAGAUCUAAGCAAUGAAGAAGGAACAAGAACUACCAUUAGAAUACAAUCACCAACCAUACUAGUUAGACCAACUUCAACAACACCACCAAGAUUCAAUGGAAGAAAGGAUAUCAUCCCAAUUAUUAUACAAGAGUGCUCAAUUAAUUUACAUGAAGGUCAAACUUGUGUAUCUCAACUAACAAUUAAUUAUAAUUUACAAUGUGAUCGAUAUUCAUAUUGUUUAAAUGGAACUUGUGUUGGAGCCUUAAAAGAAAGUAGUAAAUGUGAUAACUCAACAAGAUGUGAUGUUGGUUUAUAUUGCAAGAAUGGAACAUGCGAAAAUUAUCUUGGUCAAUUGAUUGGAUCAAAAUGUACCAUUGAUAGUAAUUGUAUUGGAAAUAGUACAGAAUGUACAAAUGGUAUUUGUGUAGUGUCAAAUAGUGGAUGUACAGUACAUUUGGAUUGUCCAUGGAAUCAAUAUUGCAUGGAUGGUAAAUGUCAACCUAAAAGUGAUGGAAAAUGCCAAAUUAGCGAACAAUGUCUAUCAAAGAAAAUAUGUGGUAUCAAUGGCGAAUGUACUGAUAGAUUCCAACAAGGAAAAGGUGAUAAAUGUAAAGAUAUUUAUGAAUGUGAAACUCAUCUCUAUUGUAAUAAUGGAACAUGUGAUGAACUUAAAAUAUCAAAUCAAAAAUGUUUAUCAGCAUGUGAUUGUAGGGUAAAUGAAUAUUGUUCAUAUGAUUUAUCAUCAAAUAGAAUGGUUUGUCAUAAUGAAACUCAACUCAAUUUUAAACCAUUAUGUAUUCUCUGUCACAAGGAAUUGAUUAAUUGUAUGGAAAAGAAUAGUUGUCCCUAUGACAACUCUCCAAAUAUCCUAAUGAAUGAGUGUAUCAAGAAUGAAUGUAUGGGCAACUACAAGAAAUAUACUGAUCAAUGCACACCUUACAAAGCAUUGUCAAGUGGCAACAAAACUAUUGUCAAUCCAAUGACCAUUCUAUUUUCUCUUUUGGUUUUAUUUUAUUUAUGUUUAUUUUAA